ACGAUUGAUAACGAUUUGGCUGCAUGGCAUUUCCCGCUGCAUGGUUUCUGCGCUCCUAUCGACCAACAGCUGAGCUCUUCCUUUCGCUCUGUGCUUGAUGUUUUCUUUAGGAGCCGUCAAACAUGUUGUUGCUGCGUAAUGUUGUUCCACAGCCAGCUCAUAAGGAGCGAUUUCUACUGCUUGGCAUCCUUGAGAAAAAUGUUUGGCCUCCUCGAGAAGCAUAACAGUUAUGUUAUUAGAGUUAAACCUUACCACCAAAAUGAGAACAUUAAACGUAAACUUAAGCAGAAGACGGCAUUCAAGAAUCCAUAUGAGAUUAUGUUUUUCAGGGAAAAAAGAAAUAAAUACAAUGCAGAAGAGCUCAUGAUAAUUAAGACUCAAGACAUCGAAUAUGUGUUCCAAAAGUGGUGGAGUGAGAAAAAUAAAAAAUCAUCAAUCUCACUGUAUCACUGCAAUGUACUAAGGGUCAUUCGAGCCGUAGACAUGUGUACUUUGCAGAAGACAGAUUCGAUUUCUCCCAAGACUGGCAUUCUUCAACAAUCACUUAGACUUACAUCU